GGCGCAUUUGCCGAGGCAACUAUCUACUUAAGUACUAAAGUCGCAUCUACGUAUAUGUGAGGAAUCAUACAUAGUAACUAUAGUAGUCCACCUGGUUAUUCUUCACUUACUCCAUACAUCUUUUAAUUCUGUUUAUUUCCAACCUCCCUACCGCACUCGAAAUCCUCCUAGGCAUGGACGACGAUUCAAAUAAGCCAGCGAUACCCGCGUGGCAGCAGGCUAACGCCGAAGCUGAUGCCACCUCGGAGCCCGAACACGCGACUAUAGAGCAUGCCAGGCGAUUCCUCGACGAUGAAACCGUGAAGGCUGCCUCGCUUGAAGACAAGCGUACAUUCCUCAAAAGCAAAGGCUUUGAGCAUUCUCAAAUCGACCAGCUCCUCAAUGAGUCGGCGGACGAGAGCACCCCGUCAUCGGCCAUCGAACCUGUAGCGACGACGGGUGAUGCAGACGUUACCGUCGACGUUUCCUCCACAGUUGCCGACAGUCCUUCAUCAACAGUAUCUUCCUUCUCUAACGAUAGCCCUUCGCCAGUAGCAUCAUUCACGGGCGAUACGCCACCAAUCAUCACGUAUCCCGAAUUCCUCACAAAGCCCCAACGUCCACCACCCCUCAUAACUCCUUCACGCCUAGCCAACAUCCUCGCUGUCUCGGGUGGCAUAUGGGCCCUUAUUUAUGGCCUCGCUGGUCUGGUUGUCAAACCAAUGGCCGAGAAUCUCAAUGAAGCGCGCUCUGAGUACUACCAUCACGUCAAUGGAAAGCUUUCCCAGCUGGUCGAGAAGCUCGAGGGCGCCGUGAGUGAAGUACCUUACAAGAAUGGAAGACCACUCAGGUCGCAGAAGCAGGGUCGCGAUAUGGAGGACAAUGAGAGUGUGACCAGUGAUCCCACCGAACUUUUCCAUCGCGAUGUUGGCACACAGACGUCACCACCUCCCUCUCUCUACGAGUCCAGCGCGAGUAGCGAAGAAAAGCCGGUUGACUCUGAAGCCAAACAGCUAUCCAGGAUCAGGGUGGCUCUCCGCGACUUGACUCUCAUGCACACACAAAGGGCCGAGAGCAUUGCCGACGUGAGAUCAGAGGUCGGUCAAGUCCGAGACCAGGUCGACAAGCUGGCGUAUCCGCCCAUUCAGGACCUUUCCACGUAUGGCGGACUCAGUUACGGCCAGAGCACGGAAGCGAAUGACGAGUUCAAGAAGACAAAGGACGCAAUUCGCAGUAUCAAGGGUCUUUUCUUGAGCUCCCGAAGCUUCCCUGCAGUGACGACGAGAUAGGAUGCUGAAACGACUGCUUCUGGCCCAUCUAUACCGACAUUUCAAAAUGGUCAACACCUAAAGCGCUCCUAUGACGAGGGGCCUGGCACCGCUAUGAAUAGCGACUUGAGUAAAAUAGGACCCAAGCGUACUCAGCUCGUUUCUUUCAACCGUCACGCGGUUUCUAUUGAGCAUAUACAGGCCUUAACGCGUCAAUUAUCAAAUCCUCAGCCCGACACCACGAGUUAUAGAAGAUAUACUCCGGCAGAGCUACACUCCAUAGGCGACAAAUCGCGCAUAUUUAGCAAAGGCUCUGUUAAAGUUGAUGCUAUCACGGUGGGAGCUUACAUAUUAGCCAAAAUGAGUAAACACUG